AGUGUGGCGGUUUGCGUUGACUCUCUCUCUCUCCCCCACAUUGCCAACUUGUCCCACACGCUUGCCGGCUUUUUACCCCCCACCCCCACACACCCCCCCUACACGUAUUCGAUUGCAUAUAUAUCAAUGCGGAUUUAAAGGGGGAAGUCUAUACCUAAAGAGAAUCAUCCUGUGUGAUAGAAUACCAUGUGAUAUAAAAUCAAGGUUGCUGAUAAAUUGACUGUGAUUUCUUAUCCCAACACCAAUCGAUCAAUACUCGCAAAAGGAAAAUCAAUGCUGUUAAUGUUUCAUUCACGAAAAAAUGUAUAUUAAGUGAUACACCCGAAGUCAAUCAAGUUGUGAAUCCAUCCAACGUCCUGUCUUAAAAGCAAUAACGAAAAGUAAAAAAAAAAAAAGAUAAAAAUCAAUCAAUCAAGAGGAAGCGCUUAAGGUGGAGUGAAAUUGCAGGCUGUGAGUGUUGUAUAUAUACUAUAUAUAUACAUACAUACAUAUAUAUAUGGAUCUGUAUUAUUUAAUCUUUCGGCAAUCAAGUGUAUAUAAAAAUCAUCAAAAUAUUCGUUUGUGUGAGUGAGUUUAUAUGUAUAUAUAUAUUUGAUAUAUAUAUAUGUAUAAUCUGAGUGCUUCUAUUUGGUGCUAAGUUGAAAUAUAGAAUAUAUAUAAUGAACUGAGUUCCCUUUUCUGAGAAAUUAUUACAUACGAAUAUAUAAUCAAUAUAAUCUGUAACGAGUAGAAAUAAGUGUUAUCGUUGAUACAUCCAUAGUUUCAGCUUCCGUCUGUUUCUCUACUUCUAAUAAAAGAUCUUUUCGGCCUUAUAGUUAAGUGGUGUGAAUAGUGUUGUGAUAUUUACAAAAAUAGAUAUAAGAUAUAUAUAAUAUAUAAUAAAUAGUAAUAAUAAUAUUCAUAGUAAGUUUUAGCAUAGCAAUAAUUCGUCAUUUCGAUGGCAUGAAAAUCUAGAAGUUUGUUCAUGUAGAUGCUAUCAUCAAAAUAAGCAAUUCUGAAAUAGAUCAGAUCGAAAAUAUCUUGAGUGGCCGCACAAUCGCUUCCUCCAUAUGUCUCGAGUGUCACCAGUAGUCAUCCUGAUCAAGAUCGUCGCCGCGUCCGAAGAGGCUGAGUGACAGCCGAGAGUUGUUGUUGUUGUUCUUGUUGUUGCUCUCCUCCUCAUUUUGGCGGUGAGUGUGCGUGGCCGAAGUGAAGCCGCCCACACCUGCCUCCAAAAUCCCAGGCCUUUCUACGACAAUCCCUUUCCAACGCACAAACGACAAUCCUGCCAUUACGCCCACGGCAGGCCACAGCCCCCGCCCGGCCUCGCCCAUUAGCCCGCCCGCCUCGCCCACCAGCUCAUCACCCCAUGAUGGCGGCUUGCACAGUCGGGGAGCCUCACCCACAACUCAUCACCUCCCUCUUCCCUCCCCUCACUCCUAUAGCAUCCUUCACACACCACACGCCCACGCCCAUACACAUCCAAGAUCACCCGCAUCACCCCCACCAUCAUGCGCACCCACACCCUCACCCGACUCCGAUCCACAUUCCGCUCCAGGAGGCGCCCAACGCCCAUAUACCUGUCCAGGUGGCCACCCCGAGACCCCCGCCUCCUGUCCCUGUACAGAUAUCCACCCAGGCCCCCGCCCACGCCCCGCCCCAUCCCUCUACCCACGCCCAGCCCCAUCCCGCUACCCAGGUCCAGUUGAAAGAUGCCCCGCCUGUCACUACAGCAGCGACCCCGACUUCAGGUGGGGGAGGCCCGGGGAAGUCGUCAGGCGGGGGCUUGCACGAGACCAGCGACAUGCGGACACUGUGA